UAACCCAUUAUCCUAACAUAUUUCUUGUAUGGAGCAAACUCAACAGUUACUCUUUGGUUAACUGGUUGAGACUCUCAUGUUGUUGAUGUUUAACAAGAUUGUCUAUUAAAACUAAAUGUUUGAUUCUUUAUGAUUGCUCGAUCCUGACAACCAAAUAAUGUUUUAUAGCCAUUCCAGUAAUUUUUAACGUCAUAACACUCUGAAAUCACCAAAAUUACAUCAUCUGUUAAUGUCAUUAUUUUGGUGGAAACCGUUAUUUGUUAUUGUUUUUUUCGUGUUCACAUCACAUAAUGUUUUCCUAAGUGGUUUAAAUUGUUGAUCUCCUGAGUAACAACACAUCAAUUUUGCUUCCCUAGAUUGUGUUUGUUUGUUGAUUUACCAAGACUAGGAAGAACCAGAACAAAGUGAAUUACAUACAUACCCACAAAGUAAACCCAGAUAAGGCUCGAGUGUAAAUCAGUUUUUUGUUUAUUGGACUGUUUAACUGUUGUUCAACUCAAUCAACCAAGCAUGGAUACUAGUGUAGUUGAUUUAAAAGAGAAUAGAGAGUUAGAUGUUAAUUGUCAAAUCGAUGGACUCUUGGAUGAUACAGCGGAUCAAGCUACGGUAAUCAACCCUGGUAUUGAUUUUCAAAGGGUAACAAUAACUGGCGAAGAUGACACAUAUCAUCCAACAACGGGUAAUAUCGAAGGAUUGGAGAGAAUAUUUGAAAGAGCUUUGCGCUUACGACAAAAAUACAUGAAAUUGGCCGAUCAAUCAUUUCCCAGUUUAACCAGUCGCUUCAUUAACCCAAACGCUGAUAAAUAUGACCCAAAAGACUCAGAAGAGUACGUACAUUAUGACGUGGAAGCUCUUACAAUCAAAGAACCCUGGAAUAUACCUAUUCCUCAGUCAGCCAACUAUUUGCUAAAAAUGGACAAGGGAAUUUGCCAGGUUUACAAGAACAAAGAGGAUCUGGAAAAGGGUCAACCAAUCCGUUAUCCAUUUCCAUCUCUUCAUCAGUUUAUUGAUGACAUGAGAGUCAUUUGUGAUAUGAUUACUGAUGGUCCACUCAAAUCAUACUGUUUCCAUCGUCUCUCCUACCUAUCAAGUAAAUUCCAGCUCCAUGUUAUUUUAAAUGACAAAAGAGAGCUAUCCGCGCAAAAGGCUGUCCCUCAUCGAGAUUUUUACAACAUUCGUAAGGUUGAUACCCAUGUUCAUGCUGCAUCUUGUAUGAAUCAGAAACAUCUUCUUAGGUUUAUCAAGAAAACCAUGAAAACAUCUCCACAGGAUCUUGUCUGCUUGGAUGAAAAAGGGAAACCAAUGACACUUGAAAAAGUCUUUGAAUCUCUUAACGUUACCUCUUAUGAUCUAUCAGUUGACAUGUUGGAUGUUCAUGCGGAUCGAAAUACUUUUCACCGAUUUGACAAAUUCAAUGCAAAAUAUAACCCAAUUGGUGAAAGUCGAUUGAGAGAAAUUUUUCUGAAAACUGAUAACUAUAUUGGAGGAAAAUAUUUCGCACAGAUUUUAAAGGAGGUUGGUAGCGAUUUAGAGGACAGCAAAUAUCAAAAUGCUGAAUUGAGGUUAUCAAUUUAUGGCCGUAAACUUGAAGAAUGGGACACUUUAGCAAAAUGGGCAAUAACUCAUAAUGUUUACUCGGACAACAUUAGAUGGUUAAUUCAAAUACCAAGGUUAUAUGAUAUCUACAAAUCUAAUAAUUUGGUUGCAAAUUUUGAGCAAAUUCUCGCAAACAUAUUUCUUCCAUUGUUCGAGGCUACAAAUAACCCAGAACAGCACCCAGAACUGCACAAAUUUCUUACUUAUGUUACUGGAUUUGAUUCGGUUGACGAUGAGAGUAAACCUGAAAACGCAAUUGUCCAUAAAGGAAUGCCACUUCCAAACGAAUGGAACUCUCUUGAUAAUCCUCCCUACAAUUAUUAUUUAUAUUAUAUGUAUGCCAACAUUUGUGUCCUUAAUAAUUUUCGAAAAGAACGUGGUAUGAAUACGUUUGUACUUCGACCUCAUUGUGGUGAAGCUGGUCAUAUCCAGCAUUUGGUCGGAGGAUAUCUUCUUAGUGAAAACAUAUCUCAUGGUCUUCUCCUUCGAAAAGCUCCGGUUCUACAAUAUCUUUACUAUCUGGCUCAAAUUGGCAUUGCAAUGAGCCCAUUGUCAAAUAACUCACUGUUUUUGAAAUAUCACCGAAAUCCUUUUCCAGAUUAUCUGUUUCGAGGAUUAAUGGUUUCUCUAUCAACAGAUGAUCCUCUUCAAUUUCAUUUCACUAAGGAACCUUUGAUGGAGGAAUACAGUAAUGCAACUCACAUUUGGCAGUUGAGCAGUUGUGAUAUGUGUGAAUUAGCACGUAAUAGUGUACUUAUGAGUGGAUUCCCAAUCAAAGAGCAUCCCUCAACGCAGGUUAAGCAACAUUGGAUUGGACCUGAUUAUGCUAAAGAAGGAGUUGCUUGCAAUGAUAUUACUCGAACCAAUUUACCCGAUGUUCGGGUUGCUUAUCGAUAUGAAACAUUGGUGGAUGAACUUUCCAAUAUUUUCCGAAGCCGAUCUCCACCUAAAAGAGAUAGAUCAGCUUCAACCGCUUAAUUUGUAGCUAAAUUGGCGCUGCACCAACUUUAAGCUAAUUUGACAUUUGACAAGUUAAUAAAAAACAAUAUUCUUUUGAGAACGAAA